AUGGCCGAGUCCCACAAGAAAAGGACGCUAUCCAUAUCGAAGCUCUCCAGGCUUUUUGGCCUGUCGUCGAAUGUCCUGCAGUUGACUGAAGCAAAGCUGAAGAAUAAUGUUACUUUGGAUUCUCUUCAAGCCAACGCUUACAAAUCCCUGGAUGUGGUAAAGUCGGCUUCCAAGAGCACGGCCGCUGCAUUGUCACCCCAGAUCAGCCCCAGUGUGGCCCAGAACGGCACUUAUGACGCUGACAAGGACGAUGAUGUGCUUUUUCCUUUACCAAAUGAUCUUUCCCGAACAGCAUCGCCUGUGGGCGGCAAUACGGCGGGAACUUCGCUAUCUCCCAUGGUCUCGGCGCUUCUGAUGGAUUUGCAGCAUCCUCAGCCACUAUCGAUAUUCGGCUCAGGUACUGGAUCCCAGGGAUCGGGCUCUAAGACUCCUGCCAGUCCAGGUGAAAACGGUAACCUCGUUGCCCCCGUACGCUCUCCUUCUGUUUCACGACUGCUGUCGGUGACUAGCCACACUACAAAACGUAAGAAUACCGUGAGUGCAUCUGGAUCAGCGCCAGCGGUCACUCUCAAACAAUCAUCCAAACUGACCCCCGUUUCCAGGGCUUCGUCAGUGAAGAAGGCAACUUCUCCUGUGGGUGGUACGCUAUCUCCUUCGGCGUCUUCCACGCACCUUCCAACGAUAGCACAAAAGCCUCGCUUCAAGAUGUUUGAAGAUGGCUCACAUGAACAUAACCUACGAGCUGCAAAGCGCCAGGAAAAGUUGACCAAUAUGUUGAAGGAUCUCUUGGGCGCCAAAAAACUCCGUAGUGAAGCCAAGUCCGCAGUCCCCAAUAUCUUACUGCCUGGAGGAGCCGACAAGAGCCAACCCGAGAAGCCCCCUACACUUUUUGCAGGCUUGGUUUCUCAAGUGAAGAACAACACUUCGCCUUAUCACGGUGAAGAACUUCUCGAUCCCAUGAACAAGCAGGACUCGCGUUCGUUUGUGGAAAAGUACGGCCGCUGCCAGGAAGUCAUUGGACGCGGUUCGUUUGGAGUUGUACGGAUCUCGCAUAAGAAAGACGGAAACACACAUGAAGAGGUGCUUUACGCGGUUAAGGAAUUCAAGAGAAGACCGUCUGAGUCUGAAAAGAAGUACUCAAGAAGAUUGACUUCGGAAUUCUGCAUUUCAUCGUCGCUCAAACACAUGAAUAUCAUUGAUACUUUGGACUUAUUGAGAGAUGCGAAGGGCGACUACUGUGAGGUCAUGGAGUUCUGCUCCGGUGGAGAUUUGUACACCUUGAUUAUUGCCGCAGGUAAGUUAGAGUACGCUGAAGCAGACUGUUUUUUCAAGCAGCUUAUCAGAGGUGUUAACUACAUGCAUGAUAUGGGAGUGGCUCAUCGUGACUUGAAGCCGGAGAACUUGCUUCUCACCCAGCAGGGUGUGUUGAAAAUCACCGAUUUCGGAAACGGAGAGUGCUUCAAGAUGGCUUGGGAGAAAGAUAUUCAGCUCAGUGAGGGAAUUUGCGGGUCUAGUCCAUACAUUGCACCAGAGGAGUUCACUCAAGAGGCGUUUGACCCUCGGUGCGUAGAUAUCUGGUCUUGUGGAGUGAUCUACAUGGCUAUGAGAACAGGUCGUCAACUUUGGCAGUUGGCAGACCCUAAGAGGGAUGAGUUUUUCGAAGAAUACCUCGUCAAGCGGAAGGACGCCUCGGGCUACGAGCCUAUUGAGUCGUUAAAACGUGCACGGUGCCGUAACGUGAUCUAUUCAAUUCUCGAUCCAAUUCCAGAUAGACGUAUUAAUGGAAAGCAGAUAUUGAAUAGUGAAUGGGGCCGCGAGAUCAAGGUGUGCACUGCUGGCGAGGGACACCGUGCUGAGAAGGAAAAGCUGCCUCAACCGGAAUAA